AUCAGGGCCAACGAGGAUUAGCCGUGUUUUUCAAAGAACCGUCCCCUCUUUCGCAACCACGAUCUUCCGUUUGUCAGGGAGAGGUUUUUGUGCGCGCUUCCGCUUCUGCUGCUGCGUGUGUGUGUGUGGUGUCUUGUUUGGGUUGCAUUGCUUCACUUGUUUGGGUCAGAGACAGUUGUGUGCAGUGGUGUGGGGUUGUGGAAGCAACGCAGCAGCGCAGCAACAAGCAGGCACAGCAAAGGAAACCUGCGACCGUCAUCAGCCGGCGAUCCAACCACCACACACUGACUGACAGACAAACCGGACAAACCUCCAUCCUGGGCUGCGAGUCGCCCCUUCGUUUACCUCAAUCAUCAUCAUGUUCCACCUCGACGCCUCAGAUUCCCCUGGCCCAGCCGCACACGACGCUGCCAGCUUCUCCAAGACAUCGACAAUUCGUAGCGCUCCCGCAUUCUCCCUUUCCGGUCGCCCAAAGAACCCCCGCUCGGACAACCUUCCAGGCCCUGGACAACACUCUCUUGUGCAGGCAGAUCGGCUGUCAACAACCCGCACCUCCCCAGCGUACACCAUGCUCAGCCGUCCGCAGCAGCGUACCACCUCUGUCAGCCCCGGCCCGGCCAGCGUCACCAUCAGUCGUCUCGACAUGACAUCAAGCGUCAGGAGCAGCCCGGCCUUCAGUCUCUCCAGCCGCGCCCGAGACCACAGGGCCGACCUCUCGCCGGGACCAAACAACUACGGCGUCGUCGAGCCGACGCGGCUGUCGACGGCGCGCAAACCGCCGGCGUUCUCCAUGAGCGGGCGGCACCUGGAGCGGCGUCUGGGCGAUUCCCCGGGACCAGCCAGCAUCUCCGCUACCCGCCUUGACCGCACAUCCACGGUGCGCGGCUCGCCGGCAUUUUCCAUGAGCGGCCGCUUCAAGAGCAGCUCUGCACCAGCAACGCCGGGGCCAGGCGCAUACCAGGCGACCAGCAUCACGCGCGUGUCUACCGUGCAGUCGCCACCAAGUUUUUCCAUGGGUGCCCGGACUGUGGAUCGCAUCCGAAACACCAAUCCAGGUCCCAACUCGUACAACAUGCCGUCCGCCACGUCAACAAAGGCCGCGUCCAUCAAAGGUCGAGCGCGCGACAAAAUUGUGUCUGAAUCGCCCGGCCCCAUCUACUCUGUCACCACGGCCCCCAUUGCCCGCACGGCCCCUGGCUACUCCAUGGCCGCCCGCAUCAAGGACAGCGCGGAGGCAUCAUCAACACCAGGUCCCGGCGCGUAUCGUGCAGCGGAGGCGCGUGACACCCGCGCUGCGUCCAUUAAGGGCCGCGCAAAGCCGUUCAAGGCGGCCACGUCCCCCGGGCCCGGCGCGUACAGCGCCACGUCGCUGCCAGGGGCGCGCACCAACCCGGCAUACUCCAUGAGCGGUCGCCUCAAGUCUCGCGAAAGUUCCAACGGGCCUGGUCCCAACGCGUAUGCGGUGCUGGCGGAUACAAAGCGGAGUGCACCGCAAUACUCCAUGAGCGGCCGCUUCAAGUCGCUCCGUCAGGAGAACACGCCCGGGCCCGGCAACUACAGCGCGCAGCUCUCCUCCUCCCAGGGCAGCGGUUUUUCCUUUGGCGUUCGCCACAGCCGACGCGUUGGUGUCCUGCCGGACUGAACCGGCACCGCCCGCUGCUCCGCGCCGCCAACCACAGACGGCUGAAGAAGACGCUGGCUGUUUUGUCGUUGAUUCUGUGCGGUGCAACAUUUGGUGCGCGCGUCAUGCGCUCUGUUAAAGAUUGUCUCGCGCUCUGCUGUACUGCAUGGUGGGUGCGAUUGUGUUGGUGGUGGGUUGUUUUGCUGUUGUGUGGUUGUGUGGCCGUUGUUGUGGUGACAGUUGUGUUGUUUUGCCCUGCUGUUCUUUUGUUUCUGUUUGCUUGUUCGUUGGUGAAUGUUAUGCGCGCUGCGUUCAUCGCUGUUGACGUUCAUUGCCGUUGUCUUUGACAUACUAGAUCAUGUUGCAUGGGGUGAAUCUCACAUGUGAGAGAGGCUGUGCUGCUAUUGAUGAAGCGGCUGUUGUUUGUUUGCUGUUGUUGAUCGCUGGCUCUACUGCCAUGCCUUGCUGCCCGAUGGAUUGCGUGCCUUUCUCUGCUUGGCUCUGUUUGUUUCGCUUGCUUUGCUUACUUGCUUGAUACAUUGAUUGUACUGAGUGGUUGGGAGUUUGGGAAACUGACUCGAAUCGAAACCAAAUGAACGAGAGCACUCUGAA